GGUAAAAAGAUUGCUCAACGGUCUGGCCGUAUUACUCUGCAGGCCAACAGCCACGCUGAUCAAGCAAAAAGCUUAAAGCCCCCAUAAACCCAUCUCUGCUUUUGCCGACCACGACACAAAAACCUGCCCAGUAUCUGGGUUCAGGGAAAAGCUUGGCAGCCGUCCCGGAUCAUAAUCACGGUAGCGACACGCAGGAAACGACAACCAAUCGAAACAAACAGCAUGAUCAAAGAAAAUAUAAACAUCUCGUCCGCCACGGCUCUCGGUUGGUCCGAAGCUGCUAUAACAAGACCUCUUCCUUGAAAGGCAACACCACCGGCAGAUGUCAGUCGCCCAAAAAGGAGUUGUCUGUGCCGUGGCAAAAGCCGACGACAGCAACGUGGUAGAUCAAAUUGGGCUUCAACACCCUUUCCAUCACUCACCUCACUGGCCAGCGGAGUGAUGAACACACCUCCAGGCUCGGAACCCGGAUAGUGUUUCUGGGAGUUGAGGCGUCGUUGAUUGGUAUGGGUUGAAUUGCCGGCGCGGUUGUCAAGGGUCAAGGGCACUGUCACCCCCGCAUUUUAAAUAGAUGAACAGGCAAAUACAGAAUUUAGCAUCUAAUAGACGAUCCUGGAUAUACCAGAGGACGGCACCUCUUAUCACGGCACGACACGGUUCAAAAAAAACCAAUGUACUAUAGAGAAACUGCAAAAGAGGCAAGAGCUUUGCCAGGCGAGCGAGUGUAUGUAGGUAUAUAUGCCCGCAUCGAGGCACCCCGGAUACCGGUGUUCUUCUGGCUCUGUUCUAUCCACCAACGGUCCCUACUCCUGCUCCUUGUGUUUUAUUUUCUCGUGGCAAAGACAAUAGGCAAGGGAAAAAAAAACCAUGAAGUGGCUCGCUCUUUCUGCGCUCAUCGCGCCCUCCCAGGCUGCGUUGCGCUUCGGAUGCUCGACCUUGACCAUCCAGCGUCUCGACCCCCUCGUUGAACCUGGCGCGCUUCCUUCAGCUCAUCUUCACCAAAUCGUCGGUGGUGAUGCCUUCAACGCCUCGAUGAGCGGUGACAUUGGUGAGCAGGGAACUUGCACGACCUGCACCUUUAGCGAGGACUUUUCCAACUACUGGACCGCCGUCAUGUUCUUCAAGCACCCCAACGGCACCUACAAGCGUGUCCCCAUCAUGCAGAACACAGCCCUGCCCAACGGCAUCAACGGUGGUAUGACCGUCUAUUACACCCAGCAGGACUUCAACUCGAACGGCAAUGUCAAGAUCACGUCGUUCCCGCCCGGCUUCCGCAUGGUCGUCGGCAACCCAACCACCACCUCCCUCAGCGGCUCCCGCGCCAACGUCGGCCUCAAGUUCGUAUGCCUCGAGAACAAGGGCACCCGCUUCCCCGAGCUCUCCGACUUCCCAACCAAGCCCUGCAGAGGCGGCAUCAUGACAGUCCACCAUUUCCCAGCCUGCUGGGACGGCAAAAACGCCGACUCCCCCGACCACCAAUCACACAUGUACAACACCGGCAAGGAAGCCUUCCAAAAUGCCGGCCCCUGCCCCGCCUCCCACCCCGUCCGCAUGCCCCAGGUCGCCUACGAGACCCUCUGGGACACGACUCAGUUCAACAGCAUGUGGCCCUCUGGCGGCGCCAACCCCUUCACCCUCUCCUACACCGACUCCAAGGGCUACGGCACCCACGCCGACUACCUCUUCGGCUGGAAGGGCGACUCCCUCCAGAGAGCCAUGGACCACUCGUGCAUGUUCAACGCGUGCGAGAACGGCCGGCCGCUCAAGUCGCAGAAUGUCGCCGCGAUGAACAGGUGCACCAUCAAGAAGAUUGUGAAUGAGGAUACCGGUGAUAACUGGAUCAAGGCUAUGCCCGGCCAGACUGCUGCCAGCUAAAAGGGCCCCCCGGGGAAGCAGGAGAUGAGGGAGUGGUGUACCAUCAUGGGAGUUAUUAGUUCUAGAAAGUUGAACGGCGAAGAGAGAAUGAAACGUGAUUUUGCUUUGUU